GCCCCUGCCCGCUCCCAGCUCGGGGAAGGGUUCCCUGCGCCGACUCCUUAGGAAGGCCCAGGGGGACCCGUCCCAAUGCCCUGCGGCCCCUCCGGUAACAGGGGCCGGGCCGGGGCGGAGCCGUGCAGCCCCGAGGCUGGGCUGGGAUUCGCGGUUUGGGUCCAUUCAGGUCCCCCAGCCUCAGGAGAUGAGUUGCUAUUUCAAGCAGAAUGUCCGUGCAGUUCGCGCACUUGCCCUGUCCCAGGUCCGCUGGACGGUUCAGGACUGCCCGGACACCCGGCUGAGUGCAGCUGUGCCGAAUUUGUUCCUAGGGGCACCACAGCUCCGUCCUGGCCCAGCUUGUCUCGGCGGUGCAGCCUCAGCUCCCGGCCUAUCAUGAGCAUAUCUGCAGCUUCGAGGGUGUAGCUGGUGCCGUUUGGGUUUCCCUUCAUUUGAUGGCAGCACAAGCACCAAACAAGGCUGAGAGAGAGGAAAGUCAGUCCUUAUUCAAAGUGACUUUCCCGGCCCCUAGACUCCCGAGUUAAGUCCCCAAGGUUGUCACCCUGGUUUUAUCAUGGUCAGCGCUCACCAAGAGUGUCCAGUCCCUAAUGCAGGCAUGACCACAAUAGCCCUAAAUAGGAGGUUUGCUUUGGACCAUUAGUGCCUUCAUUCCCCAAGAGCAGCUUCUUAUUUCCCUCCUUGUUUUCCCCAGAUGCCACCCAAGUGUUUUCAACUGUUCACCAGGAUCCCAUGGCUGUGUGGCUCAAGUGUUCUGCCUCCCUGAGCCCACAGAAGCCAACAAAACCCAGUGACAAAACCAGGCAGCUCCAGAAAGGGAGCAAGGGGACAAUUACGCUUUCAUCACCAGUUGUUUGGGGUUUGAGAUUAUGCCAACUCCCCACACAUCCCAGAAAAACUGGUCCAAGUGGUUGGAAAAAGGCAAAGGCCCUCAAGGGCUGAUGACCAGCUCAGGGCAAAUCAGAAUAGGGCUAAAGCUUGGGGAAGGCAAAGAAAAAAAGGUUCAAGGGGCUGGUGUGGCUUUUAGCUGCCUGACCAGCUGCAAAACCACCUGGUGACAGUUCAGCCACAGGUGUCAGAGCAGUCAUGGAUAAGAAACCUCUGGAGAGAAAGAGGACUGGGGGCUUUUGGGGCAGAAGAAUUUGUCCCGAUUUCUAACAAAAUUAGGGUACAGACUGCUGGUGGCUGCCGCUGCCAGCAACACCAGGCAUAGACUGUGCUACAAAGGGAAUCACGGCAAGAGAGGAAGGCCAAAUUCCCCGUGGGAUAAAACACUGGGUGGCAAGGACCCAAACACAGACUGUGUCUCCCUGACAUCAGAGAGACCCACCAGCCACUGGGAACAUGGCCUCUUGGGGCAGUAACCUAGGCUUUCCAGAGCACAGUAUCAAGGAGAAGCAUUGCAGUCAUGGGGAACUGUUUCAGGGGAGCUGUAAGGCAAGUGCCUCAGUAAGACAACCUUGGGAUGCUGCUGGGGUCAGAGGAAGUGUCCUGGGGAACAGCGUCAUGGAUUUGCACAUGCCAGACAAUGUAACAGGGUCUGACCCUGCCAAGAAUGCUGAGUUCAAGUGAAUAUUUCCAAUGAGUCUUUUGUUAGUUCUUUGGUUACAGCUCAAGCUGGUGCUUCCAGAGAGGAACCCCUACCCCAAUUCACACCUCUCAGUUAUACCCCUGACACUCAUCACUCAAUCCAACUCAAUCACUAAAUUCUGGUUGGCAGUAUCUUGAUUUCUUUCUGGGUUUCACAGGAUCUGGGCUGGCUGCCUUCUGAUGUUACUUGAUUCUCCUGGGAUUGUCUCCUUGGUCCUUAUCAUCUCCAUUCUGCUCAUAUCUUCUGAAUUCCGAGAGUGCUUUGUUAGCCGCAUCGUUUUAUCAAAAGUUUAUGUUUGGUCAACUCUUAUGGCCUAAGGCUUUGGCUGCUUCAGGUGCUAAUGAUGAGCCAGCAGUGCUAAACGAGACUGUUCAGACAGGAGAAUACAGUUCAUCAAUUUCUGUUGUAGCUGCCCAGGACCCCCGUGCCUCCGCCCGGUCCCACGGUUCUGCAUGCUCCCUGUAUUCCCGCACGUUCCUAUAUUCCCACACCCUCCUGUAUUCCCGCACUCUCUGCAUUCCCGCACCCUCCUGUGUUCCUGGCCGCGCUCCCUCUGUGUCGCCGCAGGCGAGUGGGGCCGGGGGGGCAGAGCCAGCCCGUGUUUGAGGCCGUGCCCGGCACCGGCGGCAGCCAUGGACACAACGUGACCAAAGGUCACCUGCACCGCCCCGGCAGCGCCGUGGCUCCGCCGCCAUGGCCUCCCGCCGUGCGGAAUCGGUUCCUCCUUCGCCCAACGCCGGGAGGGGAAGCGCGGAGUGAGAGCUGGGGAGAGUGAGCUGCGCCCUGCUGGGGACAGCCCUGCGAGAGGCACCGCCAUGGCCCGGCAGGAGCGGGAGAAGAGCGUGGCAGAGCAGAAGGUAGCUGGCAUCUCCCGGAGGUUCUCCUUCCUGGAUGCCGCCCAGCCCCGAGCAGGCAGUCUGGCCCGUAGUUCCCAUCUCUGGUCAGCCACCCUGGAGAGCAGGGAGCGUUUCCGUACACUGCAGAAGAUGGACACCAACAAAAGCAUCAACUGGAGCAGGCACAGCCUGGGGAGCUGGGGUAGGACUUCAGGCAGGUCCUCCACUAGCCCCAGCAGUACCCGGAGGAAGGAGCUGAAGGAAAUCCUCCUGCAGAGCAACAGCCCUGGCAGCACCAUGUGGUUUGCCACUGCUCAGAAGACCUCCAACACCAGCAGUCUUCCUGCAGGACUGCACCAAGAGCAGAAGCCUGAGCAGAGCCCUGAUCUGCUGCCCCUUGUCCUUGAUCCCCUGGAGCACGCAUGGCUGCUGACGGUGGCUGAGGGUGAUGCGGACAGCAUCAUCAAACUGCUGGACCUGGAUCCCAGCCUGCUGACCAGGAGAGACUUUGUGACAGGUUUCACCGCCCUCCACUGGCUUGCCAAGCAUGGUCUCCACGAGAGCUUCAUCCAGGUCAUCUCUCAUGCCCAGAAGAAAGGCUACCCUGUCAACAUGAACAUCCCCACAGCCAGCGGCGGGCUCACCCCCUUGCACCUGGCUGCCUUGCAGGGACACGAGGUGCUCAUCAAGGUGCUGGUGGGAGCUUACGGGGCAGACACCACCUGCAGGGACCACAACGGGCGCAAGGCUUGGCAGUACCUGCCAGCAGACACCUCCAGGGACCUGAAGGAGCUGGCAGGGGCCUUGGAGGAGGACUUGGUCCAGCUGCACUCUCACAACACCAACAACAACUGUAAGUCAUCCAAAGAGGCUGGGGCAGGGCAGGACUCUGUGGACUCUGGGGCCGAGGGAAAAGCCCAGCACUCCUGGAGCCUGUCGACUCUCCGAGGCUUUGUUAGACAGGCAUUUGCUUUCUUUCACGAGCGCUGAAGCUCUCCUGGCCCCAUUCACCUGUAAACCCAUGUUGGAUAGCAGCCAGAAAAGCCUGCAGGGAGCUGGGAACUUGGGUGCUCAAAAUCCUGGCCAAGUGAGGGUUAAACCAUGGCACCAUGGCCACCCUGGCUCUUGUGGUCUUUUGGGGCUGUUCUAGUGUGUGUGUAGAGCACUAUGGCCGCUGGGAGCACUACCUUGGGACAGCCCUUCCAAAAAAACUGCCGGUCUGCAUAGGGGAUUUUGCCCUGUGCCCCUGUGGAUGGGGACUCCGUGCUGCAUCCCAGCAGAUCUCCAUGGCAGGGGCUCACACGUCAGCUCUGCUGUGGGCAGCUGCUUCCCCAACACCCCGCAUGCCCACAGGAGGAUGCUGACCCACCAUGUGUGGAUCCCAUGCUGCAAAUGCUUUCCAGCUCUCUGUGAGAUCUCUUGAUCCCUGCCAUAUGCACCUUCUCUGGGUUGAUGUUUGUUUAUGACAGCUGAUUAUAAAGCUGAUUCUCAGUAGAGUAAGAGCUAAGGGCCCUGUUUGUGAGAGGAGUCCAGGCCAAGAGAAGCCUUUCAAAGUGCAAAACAACUCACACUGGCAGCCCUUCCCUGGAGAUCCCCAUCCCAGGAAACCUGAAAUGCUCAACCCCAUUAGGAAUGAGGGCCAGAGUUAAGGAGGCAGGAACAACACCAGUGGGGCAGCAUGUGGUGGCUCCUGUGCGGAUUAGAGUUCAGGAACAGCUCUGGAAAGAUGAUUCAUUCUUGGAAACUGUGGAAAAGGUAUGGGAAGGCUGUGAGAUUGAGAUUAUUUUUAUUGAUACUGAGGUCAUACUCAAAAAUGAAACUCUGAUGAACAUCACUGCAGCAGCGUAACACUGCAUGUACGUCUCGGUCACUGCAUUAAAAGGGCAAAACCUC